AUGCAGCAACUCGGUUCAUACCAAGCAGUCGAUGGUGUCGCCAGAGAUACAAGCAAGGACAGGUUGCUUUUACGAAGAUGCAGGGACAAGCUUACAGCACAUAUUGAGAGGAGGACCGGUAUCAAAUUAGAACCUGGCAAUGUACGCUUGGUGAUGAAGCAGAGCGAUGCCUACACUUGGACCUAUACGAAAGAAGUAGCACAUCUGUUUUCCAGGGAACUUGAAGACCACGAACCUGAAGCAUACCAGAAGCUUUGCAGAGAAGUCGGGAGAAGCUUUCACGCCAUCACAUUCAGCAAAGGUGAUUUCGCUGGUGGCCACCUGCGUUCGGGAAGCCCGCCGCCAUACGGCAUACCAACAUUCGAUGCGGAUGUAACGGAACGGGGCGGAACGAGUGAAGACGUAGCUUUAUUAGGACAUCAAGUUUCUAUGAUGGAGACGAGUGCAGCCUACGACGCAACCACUCGAAUGCAGCUGCAGGAAAACAUCUGGACUCUGGAACAAGAAAACGAACGUCUCAUGUAA